GACAAAGACGCCUAUAUAUAAUCACUAACGACACCAUUUUCAUCACAUCAGUAUGGACAUUAACCGCCUUCUCUCCGCCUCCUUGCUGCUGCUUGGACUAGCGGCAGCGAACAUCUACAAUGGACAUGAAAUUUGGCGUCUCAAGGACCUCAGCAUCGAGCAGGCGCAGGACCUCCACGCUUUCCUGACGGGUCUGGACUUCGAUGUGUGGAGUCAUGGAAGGGACUGGCUGGAUGUCAGGGUCCCUCCGCACCUCGCGAGCCCUCUACGGCGUCGCCUGCAGGAGCUCUCUGUCCCUCGUUCGGUCUUGAUUGAUGAUGUUCAGAAGAAAAUCGACGAAGAACGCAAGGACUUGGGAAAAUCUCAAGGAAAGACUGGUAUUCAUCUAAACGAAUAUAAUGAGCUGGAAGUGAUUGAAGGCUACAUGAGCGAGCUUUCCCAGAAGUACGAGUGGGUGAGCCUCAAGUCCAUCGGCCAGACGCACGAAGGCCGUGACCUGUGGGUGAGCGUGCUAGCGGUCCCUGGAGAAGCCCCUAAGCCAGCGGUGUGGAUCGACUGCGGCAUCCACGCCAGGGAGUGGAUUACCCAGGCGACCUGUGUCUUCGGUUUAGAAUUUCUGACGAGCCAGUACGGUACAGACGAAGCUGCUACUAGCCUUCUCGAUGCCUACGAUAUCUACCUUAUGCCAAUGCACAACCCUGAUGGUUAUUACUACACCUGGCAUAAUGACAGACUCUGGAGGAAAAACAGAAUGCAACACGAGGGCAACAUCUGCGCCGGCGUUGACCUUAACAGGAACUGGGACGAUGGACACUGGGGAGGCGAGGGGACGUCUGAUAACAGCUGUUCGGAUAUUUACAAGGGACCCGAACCAUUCUCAGAGCUGGAAACGCAGGCAGUCAGGGACUUCACGACCGACCUCAGGAUCAACAAUAACUUGACGGCUUACUUCACCAUCCACUGCUACAGCCAGUUGUGGAUGUACGCCUACGGAUGGACAGGCGAAGCGACACCCGAUGACGAGGCGCUGUACAAGGUUUCCGAAAUCGGCGUGGUGGCCCUGAGAUCCGUCUUUGAUACGAGGUACCAGUUUGGCAGCAUCUACAACGCCAUCUACCCCGCCUCCGGCACGUCCAUAGACUGGAGUUACUCCGCGGGCGUCGUGCACACCUACACCCUCGAGCUCCGUGACACUGGGAACAAUGGCUUCUUGCUUCCGCCCACCGAGAUCGUCCCAACGGGGCCAGGAGACGUGGGCAGGCCUCAUAGCCGCUAUUAUGGCUAUUUAAGUACCUGUUGCUGCUACGUUGCGACCGCUUCGAUCACGUUCUGCUAUACUGGUCGUCUGGACCUCAUGGCUAUAUUCCUGACUGUGUAUGAGUUGUUAUAUCUUUGGCUACUUAAGUCACGUUAUGAUAUCUUGGCUACGUGAGGAUCAUAGCUAUUUAAAUGGCUAUCUGUGAAUUGUUGAUUUUUGGGGGGCUACCUCGGGCCUUAUAGCCGCUAUCUUGAUUGAAUUGAAUUGAUUUAUCUUCUUUUAUCUUGGGUCUUUCGGCUCACUGAGAGAAAGUAACUAUGAAUGUUCAGAUUUUUAUUUUUUUUUUCUUCCUCAGCUCUUCUUAAAUAAAGUUGCUCAUUAAAA